AUGCAGCACCCAUCCACAGCUUCAGGAUCAGAAAGUAUUAAAUUGGAGACAACCCCCAGUAACCUCCAACCAGUUCACCCACCUCGAAACAGGAACCAGCAGCGCCCAGGGACAGGACACCCACCAUGUCCUGAUCCCAGACAAUGCCAGCACCCAUCCACAGCUCAGGGAUCAGAAAGUAUUAAACUGGAGACAACCCCCAGUAACCUCCAACCAGUUCACCCACCUCCAAACAGGAACCAGCAGCGCCCAGGGACAGGACACCCACCAUGUCCUGAUCCCAGACAAUGCCAGCACCCAUCCACAGUUCAGGAUCAGAAAGUAUUAAACUGGAGGCAACCCCCAGUAACCUCCAACCAGUUCACCCACCUCCAAACAGGAACCAGCAGCGCCCAGGGACAGGACACCCACCAUGUCCUGAUCCCAGACAAAUGCCAGCACCCAUCCACAGCUCAGGGAUCAGAAAGUAUUAAACUGAGACAACCCCCAGUAACGGCUCCAACCAGUUCACCACCUCCAAACAGGAACCAGCAGCGCCCAGGGACAGGACACCCACCAUGUCCUGAUCCCAGACAAUGCCAGCACCCAUCCACAGUCAGGAUCAGAAAGUAUUAA